AUGGACGAGAAAAGGGAGGAAAGCAAGGAAAAAGAUAUUAACUUGAAGAAAGACGAGAAGGAGAAGAGUACGACAGAAAAAAGUAGAAUUACAGGAGGCAGGCCCACGAGGGCGGAUGAGCUGUCAAAAAUAAGAGAUAGGACAGGAAGUCAAGGAUCAAUUACAGAUUACGUAAGGAAAAGAGGAAAGGACGAAGAAAAAAAAAUAGCAGAAAAAGCCGAAAAAGAAAUACUGGCAAAUUUUAGUAAAGAAAAAAGAGUGACAAGAUUGCCGCCAAACAAGAUAAAAAGAGAGGAAAAGAAAAAAGAAGGCAUGGAGACGGAGAAAAUGCUGAAAGAUAUUUUAGCGAAAAUGGAUGUACAAGAAAGAGAAAGAAAGAAGGAUAAAGAAGAGAUAAUGAAAGAGAUAAUGAAAGAGAUACACGAACUGAGGGAGGAUUAUAGAAUGAGAGAAAUGCUUUGGGGAGAGCAAAAAGCGAGUUUAGAAAAUAGAAUAAAACAGUUGGAGGAGAAAGUAGAAAAAAUGGAGAAUAGCGAAGGUGAAAAGCUAGUGAGCAGUGAACUAAUGAAAAAGAUGAAGGAGAUGGAAAGAAACUCUGAAUUAGCCGAAAGGAGGAAAAGGAAAAAUAAUAUAAUUAUAAAAGGAAUGAAAGUAGAAAAUGGAGGUGAAAGAAAAGAGAAGAUGAUUCCUUGA